AUGUCCUUGUUGGGAUGGCUCUCCCUUGCAACUCCCUUGCUCUCGAGAUCCUUGAUGUUCCUCAGGCCAAUGCUCCAACUGCCACCACUUGCUAUGUGGCUCAAUUGCUCAAGCCCUAUGCCCAAGUUCAUGAUGUCUGGAUUUGACAGGUCUCUUACCAUGAUGACCCCACUCCCCUGGCUGAUACUAAUGUAUACAUUGCCCUCAUCACCACUCCAGCAGGAGACAAAGGAGGCAUUGAUCCCAUUUGGCUUCAUGCCAUUCCCAGUUACAUAUGGAUCCUCACCAACAACUGCAAGCUCAGCUAUGUCAGACAUUUACAAUGGUGCUCAUCUUGCAAGAGCCAAGUGA